AUGCCGCCCCAGCAACUAACCAGAAACGCGCAGCUAUGGCAGGAGCACAAGGCGACCAUUUUGCAGCUGGCUGCCGAGCACUCUGUCAAGGAGGUAUGCAAAAGAAUGAAGGAGGAUCACCAGCUUGAUGCCACGCCGGCACAGUACGAUUAUCACUUGAAGCUAUGGGGUCUGCGACAGAAGAACUUGAAGCGCGGAGAGUGGCAGGCGGUGAUUGCGGAGUACGACCGGCUCGCCUCCCACCACGCGCAGGUUCGCAUCCUCGUCCAUGGGAACCCACUGUCCGCGACGCAGCUUAAGAGGAACCGCCGCUUGUAUCAGCCUGACGCGUCAACUGGGGUGGGAAACAGCUCAAGGCCAUUUUUACCCGAUGCGAUAUCCUUCCAUGUGCGAAGUGCAGAUGGGGACUGGCAGCUACUGCCUCGAGGAGCCCAUGGUCAAGAAUCAGGCCGGCGUGCAAGCAUUCCGCGAGGCCUAGACCACGGCACGCCUCCUCGGGGUCACCCCAAUCCGCUUCACCGAAGCAUUUCGGUAGAGGAUAUUGGGCUUGUGGACCUGCCCGCAGAGAUACCGGGACCCGGCCUGGUGACAGCAGCCGUUGAAGCGCUGUGGUCUAGCGUCGACCAACGCUUGAUCAACGUGGACGACGCCGAACUCACCUUACCCCAACACCCUCCAUCACCCCAGCGAUGGGAAGUCAGCGAUAGGUUCCUUCUCUCUCCGCAAGCGUCACCGCAGAUUCUAGCAGGGUCUAUGGCCCUCAGCCCUCGUCGGAGGCUAGGGACACCACCGUGGCUCACAACACCCACGCUUUUCGGGCGCAUCAGCCUCGAUUGGGCUUCUCACGACAGCCCCAUGUUCGACUUUUUGCCCAGCGACCCCAGCUCGUUCCAGUCGGCUAUGGAACUCCUCGCACAGAAGCUUUCGGGUCUGUUCAGCACCGUGGAGCGGCGGUUCCAGACCAAUACGGUUACUCCUCCCCGCUGGCAAAAUCCACUUGGGAAUACUGUCAUCGCUGGUGGUGUUUCCCAGCCGGAGCUAUCUGGUCCCUGGAGCUUCAGGGACACCUCGCCUCCGGUUCAGGAGGUUGGUGGGGAGGAUCUUGCCGGGCCGCUGCGCUCGCUCCUACCGGAGGCGCGACUAAUUAUGAUGGGCGAUGGAGGCGCCGAGGGAGUCGCUAUGUUCCGGCGGUUGAUCUUCUCGGCCGCCAACGGACUUGCCGGCCUAGAUGAUGUGGACAUUGCUGGCGUCGUCCGCUUCCUCAGUCGGCCAACCGGCGGCAGCGCCUUACUUCUGCGGCUAUUCCGCGGCGCCAGGGACCACUACAGCAAGGCCAUUGCGGAAAGCCUCCUUAAAGCAGCCGUGGAGGCCCAGCAUGUCGAGGCAGUGAGGCAGAUUUUGCAGACUGGCACGGUCGAUGCCGACAAACUCGUCUGCUAUGGGGGUGGGAGGAGGCAAAAACACUCGCUACUUGAAAGAGCCGCUGCUUUGCAAAACCUCUCGCUCGUCAAGGCCGUUUUGGCCGCACGCAAGGCGAGAGAGAAAUCUAUCUGGGAGCUACGGGACAUCACUGGUGGGCUGGUGUACGGCGCCGGUCCCAUCGCUUGCCUUGUCGCGAACCUGCCCAAGAGAACAACCAUUAGCCCCGACACGGAGCGGAUCGCACUGCUCCUCGUGGAAAAGGGUUACCCAAGCAACACGAGAGUCUCGUCGCGGGAGGAAUCGUGCCGGGCCUGGUCAAGACGCUAGACGAAGAAGAAGCUCUGAAAGUAGUCAGACACAUUUCCCGAAUCUGCGACGUUACUCAUAGCUCAAUAUGCCAUAGUAAACAUCAAGAGGAGUUCCAUUGGGCGCUCGUUGAAAGCGCAAAGAUGGGACGACCUAAACUGACAAGCUUACUCCUGUCACGGGCGCUGUCACUUUCUGCUGUCCUCAGUGC